AUGGCUCGGGUUUCAAUCGUCUUGGCAGCCGUCGAGCUAAGCUUAGCUGAUUUCGCGUGCAUGCUCCAGACGAGGCCCCUUGAUUUUACUAAUGCGGCUGACGUCGGCAUGCUGAAAUCCGACCAGAUCAAUGGAAGCUCACUCGCUCAGUGCGGAAAGCUGUGGACCGGAGCGAGUGUUUCUGGCCAAGAUGGAGGUCACAAGUGCCACACAAGCCUCAUGGAAGACAGGGCGCUCGGGGGUGGAAAGGCACCCUCCAUGUGCUUGAGAGAAUACGCGGAUGCUGUGUCAGACGCUGUGCGCUCUGCAGGUUCUUGGCCAGAUUGUCCCUCGUUGUCAGAGCUUUGGACAACUCUCCCCAACAAUGCUGCUCGCGUUGGGAGUCCUUCUUGCAACAUCUGCCCUGGUUCAAGCAGACCACCUAGCUCGUCGAAGCUCUUUGUAGAAGUUGGGGCAAACAUCGGGGCAUGCACGGCGCAAAUGCUGGCAAGACCAGAUGUGGACAUGGUUGUGGCAUGGGAGCCCAACCCCGCCAACCUUUUCUAUCUCACCACUACUGUCCUGAACAAUGGGUACAAUUCUAAAAUUGCACUGUUCACUUCCGGCUUAGGUGAUGCACCAGGGACACACGCAAUCUAUGCAGAGGCCGGCAACGCCGGCAACACAGUCGUUGACAGUCCCAUUCAUGCAUCAAGGAAGCCAGUUGGGCAGAUCGAGAUCAUGACUUUGGAUGAAGCCUUCAUGGCCGGCGGAGAGCCACCUUACAUUCAUCUCAUGAAGAUCGAUGCGCAGGGCUUCGAAACAAAGAUCCUCCGGGGUGGCCAGAAGCUUCUAAAGUCUGGCGCUGUGAACGCUGUCAAGUUCGAGCUGGCAGAGGACUGGCUUGUCGGCCACGGCUCAAGCGGCGCGGAGCUGUUUUCGGUCUUCGGCUCCAACAGCUUUGACAUUCACGCCGGAGGAGAUCAGCCCGCCUUGACCCGAGAGGAGUUGCGCCAAAUUGCCUGCCCUGGGCAAGGCCUGAUUCGAGACUUCCUGGCCAUUUACAAUCCGACGAAAGACACCGCCUCGUCGCAGAUUGCCUGUUGA